AUGUCUGGGGACGACCAUUUCCCCCGCGGGUUCUCCUCUGUUCCUAACAAACCCUUCGACAUCAUGCCUCCUGGUCCACCAGCAAGGUACGAUCGUGAAAGGGAUGACAGGGAUAGGAGAGAGUUUCCGAUCCGAGACAGAGACCGUGAUUUCCCUCGUCGGGAUCUCGAUCCCGAUCCAGACUUGGAAAGAUGGGAGAGACGACUAGACAGGGAUGAUUACGAGAGGGGAAGAGGUUUCUCCUCGGAACCAUAUGACCGUGGCAAGCGUCGUCGAUCACCUUCUCCUGGAGGUCCAUCUCACCGUGCUCGUCUGUAUUCUCCUUCCCCGCCUCGACCUCCCCCUCCGCCGCAACAUAAAUUUCCCGACCCUGCAUCUCUGGAUUAUCUCCUCAACUUUCGCCAAUUUUCGGAAUGGUUCCGAGCGGAACAUCCCAUGACUGCUCAACAAGAUCACGAGGAGGUGGCCAAAAGACAAGAGGAGGCCGAGCAGACUGGUACAGUAUUGAGGGAGAAGGUGGGCAUGGCUAAGCGGUAUGAGAGGUAUAGGAAGGAGUACCAUUCACGGCAAUUAUAUGCCCUGUUCCUCACUCAUCGUGAUAGUCCAUGGUUCAAAGAGAAAUACUCCAACGAUCGUGAAUACGUUGCUCUUCGCAAACGGUGGUCAAAAGAGGGAAGGACUCUCACCUCGAUCGCCUAUGCCGCAAAGUUGAAAAACGGCGAGAUGGAUGACGUCUCGUUUGAUUUGACAGGUAAGGUUGCUCUCCCCCGGGCAAGUUUCACGGCUCACGAGACAGAAGAUACCGAGAAGCAUGGUAUUCACCGCCGCGGAAUUCAGGAACACGACGAGCCCGAUGGCUUGGACCGUGCCCUUGACGAAGCACCUCAAGACGACGCCAUGCGCAUGGAAGUGGCGCCGAAAGAACGACAGAUUUUCGUCAAGACAGUCCCGCCGUCCAGCAGUAGACGCGAACUCGAAGAGCUCUUUGCCCAAUGUGAAGGUUUUCAAUAUCUCGCCUUGACAGAACCGCAGAUAAAGAAGUCGUUUCAUAGAGUAGCGUGGGCACAAUUCGCUGAGGGUGUGGACGUCAAGGAGGUCGUUGACAAACUCGACGGCUCCAAGCUCGACAACUUCACUUUUCACAUGGGAGUCAAUUCUGCACCCGUUCUCGGUCGUAUACGCGUCACACACCCCAUUGCCAACACGCUCGAACGACUCGAGAUCGACGGCGACAACGCUCAACAAUUGGCAUUGAAGUUUGAGGCUGAAAUGGCAGCGCAAGGUCCAAUCACCCGUGCUUCCGACUCUACUGAGCGCGAGGAAAAAGUCAAGGGGGAGACCGGAGAAGAGAACUCCAUCAAAGUUGAAGGUGUUCAAGCGAACCACAUGAAAGUGGAUGAAACGCCUAUUCCAAAUCCCCCAGAGAAAAUUAGCGAUCUUGUACAGGCCACUAUUGAUCGAGUGCUGGACUCGGAGGGUCUCACCUCUAAGGGCUUGAACCAGGAGCAACAGAUCCGUAAGGCAAAGAUCAUACUCGAUCAAUGGAUCUCGUACCUCCGAAACGGUCUUUCGACAUGUUACUACUGCGUUGCACCGAUGGUUUUCCCGGAAGAGUUACAACGCAAGUGUAUCGCUCACAUGCGUCCGCGGAUUCUUGAACCUCCAGAGCUCGCUUCUAAUAAGGAAGCCUCCAACAGCCCCACACCCGAGUUUAAGGACGCCAAGGAGGAGCUGGAAGUUAAAAUGGAAACCGAAAACGGCGAAGUACCGUCGAACGGGGUCAAGGCAGAGCCCAUGGAUGUCUCUGGAAUAGCUGGGGAAGAGCCUGACAGAGAGGUCAGAGACGACGAGACCAAAUUGGUAGAUUCACCAAUGAAAAAAUCGAAAUUGCACGAUCGACUCGCUCCCAAGAGGUCGAGCGAUGAACGCUGGGUGGAAUCUCUGGAGACGAAGCUGAAGCCUCUUCUAGGCGAGGUGGAUGUGACCGAAUAUGGUGGACGUGAUCUAGAAGAAGAGACCAAACGUCUAGCUGCUCCUUUGAUACGACAAGAGGAAGUGUCAAAGUAUCGUUGCAAGGAAUGCAACAAAUUGUUCAAAGCACCCGAAUAUGUGAUGAAACAUGUUUUAAGCAAGCAUACGGAAAUUGCUAAACCUCGACUGGACGAGCUUGCCGAAUUCAACAAUUUCGUUCUUGAUCCACAACGUCUUCAACCAUCCGCUCAAACACCCGUUACUGUCGACGAUCGACUUCCUCCUAAACCAGUAUUCAACCCUUCUCUCCCACUUCCUCUUCCCAUGCCGAUGAACAUGCCAAUGAACCAGAACGGUCUACAAGGGCAAAAUGGCUUUCCACCUAACCCGGUGAUGCAACAACAAAUGAUGAUGAUGCUGCAGAUGCAACAGAUGAUGAUGGCUGCUCAGGGAGGAAUCAACCCUCUUGGCGCUGUUGGACCAGGUGGUAUGGGUAUCCCGGGACAAUCUCUAGCACAACGUAUGGGAGGUUUCGCUCCGAAUAAUACGAGACAAGGGAGGGUAGGGACUGGUGGAGGGACAGGGUUAGCAAUACCGAUGGGAGGAGAAGAGGAUCCUAGGGCUAGAAGAGGUCGGCAUCAUCAAAUCCAAGGGGAGUUCCUGCAUUCUUUAUGA